CCUCCCGUUCGCGCGGGCAGGUGUCAGAGAGCCGGGCUGGCAGCGGCAGGUAGCUCACCUGAGGACGGCCCUGAAGCUCGAGCAGGAGUUUCCUGCAGAGUGAUGAAGAGGAGCAGCACGAGGAAGAAAAGCAGUUUUAUCCCAAACACAGAAGUGCUGCAGGACAGGAGGGCGGGUUAAAGUAGUACUCUGAGCAGAACGUACACGUACACGUACAAGUACACGUACUCAUCAGUUUGUACUCGAUGAGUCCGAUUGAGAACCGGAAAACGAGGAAGUAAACUUCACCCGAUUCUAUCUGCGCCACAUGUUUGGCAUACCUGUACCUGCCUCACCGCCCGCAUGCCUCUGAGCUCACAGCUGAUGCGUCGAUAAGACUCAGACCACCUGAGCAGCUCAGGGUCACCUGAGCACACUGCAGGUGAACAGGACAAGCUUCAUCUCCCUGUGAGUGAUGCUCAGAGAUGGGGGUCAGGUGUCAACCGAGGGUGUCCACGUGGUGGUGGUGGGCGGAGGAUUUGGCGGCAUCGCCGCAGCUCAAGACCUGAAGUAUCGAGGAUUCAGCUUCACUCUGAUCGACAUGAGAGACGCUUUCCAUCACAACGUGGGCGCUCUGCGAGCCGCCGUACAGCCAGGCUUUGCUCAGAAGACCUUCAUCCCGUACGCCGAGACGUUUGGCGAGAGCUUCGUUCAGGGUCGGGUGGAGCUCGUCGACACAGACAGGCAGCUGGUGAUCCUGGAGGGAGGGAGGGAGAUCCAGUACUCCCACCUCAUCCUGUGCACCGGCACCGACGGGCCGUUCCCCGGGAAGUUCAACACGGUGGCGGCGCAUCAGGAGGCGGUCCAGAAGUACGAGGACUUCAUCAGAGAGGUUCAGGCUGCUGACUCGGUGUUGGUGGUCGGCGGAGGAUCGACCGGUGUGGAGAUGGCUGCAGAGAUAAAGACCGAGUAUCCUGAUAAAAAGGUGGUUCUGAUCCACUCCAAACUCGGGCUGGCUGACCCAGAGCUGCUGCCCAGCAUCAGACGCGAGGCCAAACAGGUUCUCCUGGAGAAGGGGGUGGAGCUUGUGCUGGGACAGAAAGUGAGCAACUUGUCGGAGCUGCCGCUGAACACGAUGACGAAGAACACGGAGGUGAUCACGGACCACGGCGAAACGCUUGUCACGGAUCUGAUCGUCUGCUGCACCGGGCUCAGGGUCAACUCUGCAGCCUACAGCGCCACCUUCAAUGAGAGUAUGGCUGAAAACGGGGCCUUGAAGGUCAACGACCAAUUGCAGGUCGACGGUUUCUCCAACGUCUUUGCCGUGGGUGACUGCACCAAUGUCAACGAGCCUAAGACGGCGUACAACGCCGGCCUCCACGCCGCUGUCGCCGUGGCCAACAUCGCCAACAGUGUGAGCGGGAAGGAGCUGACGUCCUAUCAAACAGGUGACGUCACCAUGCUGCUGGCGAUGGGCCAUGACGACGGCGUGGGUCAGUACAGCGGGUUCAGGCUGCCCCGCUGGCUCGUCGCCUGGGGAAAAAGUCGAGAUGUCCUGGUGUGGAAGAGCUGGAAGGACAUGAAGCAGAAACAGCCCUGAGACUCUGACACACACACGCACACGCACACACACACACUCACACACACACACACACACAGACA